UUUGCAUCACACUAGACAUCCGUGCACCCUCUCACCUCUCCUGCAUGUAAAGCAGAACCCUAAAGGUGGGAAAAUUUCGGAAAAUCUCCGACAGUCCUCAGAAAUUUCUUAAUUCAAACACCAUGAAUGAAAGGAGGCUCUAGGCCCGUCACCCAAGUUUACCCAUUUUCUUUCUCUUAUAGGUAAAUGUUCCAACACCUAUUUAUUUAACUUUCUCACCAUCCAAACAGCCCAAUAUCGUACAAUAUCAGCUGUGGACUGGAUUCUAUUUUAAUAUAAUUUUUUUUAAUGAUUUUGAAGGGCCCUGUAAUUUUUUAUGUUCUUUUUAGCCUUCGAUUUGUUUCGAGUUCAAAGACACCCUCGUUGUGCAUUUUGUCUUCGUGAGGAGGCUUCAUUUGCUAAAAUGUUGCCAUUUUCAGGGACUUUAAUUCCAUCAAACUUCAGGGAAAAUUUUGUAGUGAGACCUUCAAUUCUACUGAAAAACUGAAUGAUAAAGAUUAUCAAUUUCACUAUUUGGCUCUGCUCUUUUUGGUAGAUUUGUUGUUCCUGUGAGGUGUUUGAUUUCCUAAUUUAUGUGAUUUAUCACAGUAACAAUUUCGCCACGAUUUCUUCCUUUCAGGAACUUCAUUAAGUUUUAUGCAAUUUCGCCUGUAAUUUUAGAGACCUAAUUCUUUCUUUGGUCCCCUCUUUUUGGUGACCAUGGCUUUCUGCUUAAUAUAAAUUAUUGUAUCUAGUUAAUUGCAUAAAAAUAAUGCUGUAUCUGCUAUAGUUUGUCUACAAUACUUCUUGGCCAUAUAAAGAAUGAAGUAACCAUAUAUUCUGUGUACAAAAUACGAGUUAGAAAUUUUUUAAGACAAAGUUUUGUUGAAGUAUGCAUAACAGAACCCCAAAGCAAUCUAAUGGUUAAGAAAUAUGUUUUAAACUGCAUCGACCCAUGUGAGAUAUAAAUAUUGUUGUAUUUACUGAAUCAACUAGAUGAAACCCGAGUUUUUGUUAAAAUUGCAGCUACAAGAAAUGAAUGAAUUUUGAAAUUUGUCCCAUGUAUAGCUUUCAAGGGAUUGAUUCAUAUGUGACAUGUUACCUUAUCGAUGGACUCGAUUUUAUAUUAUUUCUUUUGGGCCUUCAUACAGAUGUAUGCUAAAAGUUGCAAUCUAUGAGGAGUUUCAUCCUGAGACAAAGUUGGCAGGCUUUGCUAUCAUUUUCCCCUGCAUAUUUGGGGUUUUGAGUGUAUGAAUCAUGGUUCUAGAUUUUUUUUGUUUGUGCUGAUAAGUGAUAAAUAUUAGUUGAUGGUUGUAUACACAUAGAUACAUAUGUAUCCGUCCAUGAUUUAUGCUACUAAAUUUUUGUUUACUCAGGGAAAAAUAAAUAAUGGCCUUAAAAAGUUUCAUUUAUUAAAUAAGUUUUUUACUCUCUCUCUCAUGCAUUUGUUAUAUUUUCUCAAUGGAAUUAAUAAAUUUGAUUUAAUUCCUUUAACUUCCUUCCUCAUUGCUAUUACAAGCUGGAUGAGUUUGUAUGGAGAUAGGAUGUUGCUUUGAUUUUUAGAUGUUUUGUUAUUAUAUGGAUGUAAAUGCAAUUCAUUACUUCUUUUGGCCUGGCAAAUUACUUGCUAAGGUUUCCGAAAGUUUAUUAGCAUUUUAAAAAUUGCAUUGAAGUAGAAAUAUUUUUGUGAUUGAAAUAUGUGAAACUUUUACAUAUUGAAUUGCUUUGGUACCACACUUCAUUCCCCUUCUUCAAAUAUGAAUAAUCUAGUAGAAUUGAUGCAGUUUCCUAUAAAUUUCUAUCUCUGUGUGUGUGCGCUUGUCCACAUGUGCAUGCUCUUUUGCUUUAUCCCUUAUAUUAGUCAAAAAUAGGGUAGUUAAAAUAGAGCUAUGACCAAGUAGCAUUUGCAGCUCUUUCCUUCAAACCAGAUGUUCCUUAGCUCAUGAGAUGUGGUUCCAUUGUACAAGAAAUUUUAUUUAUUAGAGUGAACCAGAGCAGGAAUAUGGCUGUGUUGAAACUAGGCUGGUUUCAGAAUGACAAUCUUACUUUUGUUCUUAUCUUGUUCAAAACUUGGUUACAAUAUCCUUUUAACCACCUUUUGUUUGUAUUGAAAUGAAUAACAAUAAUGAACCUACUUCAAUUAGCAAUUUUAAGGAUUUCUUAACUAUUGUAACACUUUUGAAUUAGAAGUCAAACCGCUAUUAUACAUCUCAAGAAAACAAAAAGGUCAAACUUCCAUUUUUUUUCUCUGCUUCAAAUCAGAAUAGGCACUCUGUACUGUUUUCUCUUUCGGAUUCUUUUUUCCUUUUUAAAUUAUGAAUAAUAUUUAGUCUGCCAAAGUAGCCCAGUUGGUCAGGGCGAAUGUUGGGAGGUGUGGGCCCUGAAUCUUGCCAUUGAUGAUACCUUGAUUUACUUGGUGCUGGUAAGGGCUUGGCCAUAGAAGGUUCCUCAGUUAUCGAAAAAAAACAAAAUUAUGAAUAAUAUUUACUUACGAUUCAUGCUACUCUUAAAUUCUAUGCUAUAUCUUUGCUUUCAUUUCCAAUUGAUUUUCGUACUGUCUUACCUCAAUUCUAGGGAACUUUAGUUCCUAAAAAGGCACAAGGUAUAAAUUAUGGGGUGUAGUGUUAUCAUAUAUCAGACUUUUUGGGAUGUUGUGUUGUUUUAAACCUUCUUAUAUACAUGAUUUGAACUUAGUUUUCACCGUUGGAACCAAAAUUAAGUGUGGUUUUUACCUUGAAGGCUUGAACAAGUAUAGCACUUACUAAUGGAUUGGUUGCAUUAUUUUAUAGUAGGUAAAUGGAAAGUAAUAAGUCAAUAUAUUGCUAUCUUUAUUUUGGAGGGGAGAUCAUAAAGGCUGACGAUGGGUCCAUCAAUUAUAAAGGUGGAUGUACUAAUGGCAUAUGUAUUAAUCAAGGAAUCUCACAUGCUGAGUUUGUUUCUAAAGCAACCAUUGGAUGACGAUGAUGACAUAUAUAACAUGGUCCUCUUCAAUGACGGUUUCUCAAGAGUCUAUGUAUUUGAAGCUCAUAACGGAAGAGUAAAGCAAGGAGUAAUAGAUGAACAAAGCACUUCUGUUAAUGUGGAAAACAAUCAUUUUUCAUCGCCAUCAUCAUCAUCUCAAGGUGUAAAUGAUGAUAACACCAUUCAGAGACAUGAAGUUGUAUCAAGAUGCAUAGAGUUUGAAGCAAUUCCUCCAGUUUCAAGUACUCUUGGAAAGGCUAUAUCAGGUAGUGGGCAAAUUUUUACAAAUGCUGAUGAAUUCCGGAAUGCACUAUACCUUACCUCCUUAGCUGGACGAUUCAACUACAAGUUCAAGAGGAAUUCUUUAAAGCAGAUGACUGCAUGUUGCACAGCUGGUGGAUGUCCUUGGAAGAUAACUGCUCGUGGUGUUGGGGCUACCAAAAUUGUGAGAGUGCACACAUUUGAAAACAAACAUAAUCACUCUGCACAGGAGGAGUCUUCAUCAGUGCCUGCAUUACGACCAAAUAAAGCGGCACUUGUAAUUGAUGAUAUGAUAAGGGCUAACCCUGAUUACCUGCCCCGUCAAAUCUGUGAAGAUUUUGAAAGGCAACAUGGAGUGAAAUUGACCUACAAUCAAGCUUGGAAAUGUAAAGAGAAGGCGAAGGAGAGAAUAUUUGGUCUUCCACACAAUUCAUAUAAGUUGCUGCCCUGGUUAUGUAAGCAGUUAAUGGAAACUAAUUCUGGGACAAUUGCUGAAUGGACUUCCUCAGACAAAGGUAAUUUCAUGCAAUUGUUCAUUGCACAUGGAUUUUCUGUGCAUGGGUUUUUAAUGGGAUGCCGACCUAUCAUAUCCAUUAACUCAUCCAACUUGAGUGGGCCACACAAAGGUGCUUUGUUUUCAGCCUUGGCAUAUGAUGCUGAUGAUGACAUGUUUCCAUUAGCAUAUGCCAUUGUGAGUUCGGAAAAUUAUUAUAACUGGUUUUGGUUCUUACAGAGGCUAAAGCAGUUGGUUGGUGAAAUGGAGGUGGUCAUCAUUUCUGGAAGGCAUCAUGCGAUUAUUCGUAGUGUUGCAGAGGUUUUUGGAGUUGAAAACCAUGCAUAUUGUCUUCGUCAUCUAAAGGAGGACUUUAGCCACCAGUUGAUGAUGGGAAGGGAAGGUAAAGAUAACGCUCUAAAACUACUUGAUGCUGUUGCAUAUGCAAGGUUAGAAAUUGGUUACAACAGUGCAAUGGAGAACUUAAGGAGAUUUGAUGCUAACUUAGCCAAAUGGGUUGAAGAUAACAAUCCUGAACACUGGGCGAUGUCAAAGUUCCCUAAAAAGCGUUGGGACAAAAUGAAUACUAAUAUCUUUGGGUCAAUUAGUGCUUGGGUCAAAGAAGAACAACAUCACACAAUAUUUAGUUUCAUUGAGAAGCACAUGGAUAUGCUAGCCUCUUUGUUAGUUGAAUGUAAAACCACAAUGCAGAGUUGGGAAAGAUCCAUUGGCCCAAAAACUGAGGAUAAACUCUUGCAUAACAUUGCCAAAAGCAAAACAGUUUCAGAUGGGAAGGCAAAGAUAAGCGUUGACUUGAGGCAGCAUACUUGCACUUGUUUGGCUUGGCAGAUGUCGGGCAUCCCAUGUGAGCAUGCAUGUGCAAUGAUACAGAAGAUGAACCAAGAUGUUUAUGAAUUUGUUGAUGAUUGGUAUCAUUUGUUCAAGCAGGAAAUGGUUUAUUCUGGCACUUUGCAUCCACUUGAGUUUCAGAAUCUGCCAACAGUUCAUUCAGAUGGAAAUGUGCAUGAUCCAAAUGGUUAUGUGCAUGUUUCUCUUGAUCCUCCUGUUACAAAACGUUGUCUUGGAAGACCUCGACGGCAACGAAUCAGGCCAAAUUUAGAGAACAGAUAAUUGUUCAUUGCUCUCAUUGCAACGGCAGUAGGAAUUGUGCUACCUGCAAUGAUCCAAAUAUCUAAUCUAAAUCUUUGUAUGAUUUGAUGUGCAGCUAUUGCAGACAUUUGAUCUAACCUUUUUUACAUAUUGUAUUUGGUUUUCCAAAAUUCUAUCUGGGUGUUAUUUGUAACCGAGUGUGUUAUGACCUUUUCAUUUUGUUAAGUUGCUCCUGAUUCUUAAUGCUCAAAUUGAUCAAAGAAUUAUGAAAUUGAUCUAUUAGUUGUUCUUCA